GUUACUCCGCGAACGUUUGCGUUCUUCCCGGCCAGGUGCGCCUGCGUCGUGCUGCCACUAUUUGGCCUCUGUUUGUGUGUACAUUUUGAGCCUACUACCGCGGUCAUGGCGACCGAAACUAAGCCCGAACCCGGGGAAAGCGAAGAGGAAGACGUAUACGAAGUGGAGAGGAUCAUUGACAUGCGGGAUGAGGAGGGCGAGGUACUUUACAGAGUACGUUGGAAGAAUUACUGCUCAGAUGAUGACACUUGGGAGCCAGAAGCCCAUCUGGAAGACUGUCAUGAGGUCCUGCUGGCAUUCAAAAAGACCAUGUCUGAGCUUAAAGCCAAGAAGGAAGAAGACAAACCAGCAGAAGCUGUGCCAGUGAAACCAGCAGUGAAGAUCGAAGCAUUUGAUGCAGACUCUGAGAGCGACAGUGACAAAGAUCGGCCAACAGAAGCACCGGUGAAAAAAACGAAAAAGAAAAAGCAUAAGGAGCAAGAAAUAGCCCAACUUCCUAAGGAAAAGGAGAAGAAAAAGAAGAAGGACAAGGUAAAGGAAGACAUAAAGCCUCUCCCUGCACCAGAGACAGAUGACGAUGAGCUAAAACCUCUUACUCCACCGUCGCCCCCAAAAGAGAAGCCAAGAGUAUUAUCCAAAAAACAUGUCAUUGACUCUGAGGAAGAAGAUGAUGUGACUGUUCCCCCUAAAAGGCAUAAGAAAGAGAAGGAGAAAGAUAGUGGGAAGCCCAAAAAGGAAAAGAAAGUGGAGAGAAAGAAAAAGAAAGAAAAGAAGGAAAGGAAGCCAGAAAGUUCAGAAGAGGAGGUCACUGCUCCGCUAGAGGAGGAUUUGAGUGACACUCCUUCGGAAUCACCAGUGGAUGAAACCCCUUCAGUAGAGGCAGUCACAAAGUCAGCUGAUAAGUCGCCCUAUGACGACAAGUCUAAGCUUAAAAGGGGAAAGUGGGAGGUUAAGCUGCAUGGCCUGAAAGAUCUCACACAGGAGAAAAAGGUAAAGCGAGCGGACAGCCAGCAAAAGGAGUCAAGUCUACUCAAACUUAAGAGCCUGACUUCGAAAGCAAAAGAAGCAACCCCACACUCAUCUGACUCCAGUGAUAGCACCACACUUUUUAAAAAAAACAAGAGCAAAGCUGCCGAGAGCUCGCCAGCCUCAUCUAAAGCGCCCACAUCGUCGACGUCGUCUUCUCCAUCAUCCACGGGAGUGACACCGUCCAGCAACAAGGCCAAAGAGGAGGCAGUGGCUAAAGAGGAUGCAUCAGCUGCGAAAGAUAAAGGCAGCUCCCCCAACCUGUUUGAGAAGUUCCUGUUGAAUUGUGAGGCCAAAGACAGAGCCCCCCGCAGGCCACCAGUGCACCAGCCCAUCGCAGAGAAGAGCAGCAGCAGCAGCAGCAGCAGCAGCAGCAAGCCAACUAAGGUAAUUGGAAAGACUGAGAAGGUUCAGAAACCAACCAAAGAAUCUCCGGUUCACAAGCCAGAGCCUGAGAAGACAAAACAUGAAGUUACACCAAAAGCGAGCCAAAGUCAUGGCUUCUCAUUAGACAGUGAUGACAUGGAAACACAGGAAUCUACAUCGAAGAUGAGACCUGGAGAGGAUUUUGCGGAGCGCAAGGAGGAACCUCGACGACUCAGUUCAGAGAGGAGAAUGCCAGCGGAUGAAAAGAAGAAGCGGCGGGAAGGACCUUUCAUGGCUAGUGAAGACAAUCAAGACAUUCAUGACCCCCUUGAGAGUAUUGAUAAAUCAGAUAAAGGCCCAUCUACACUCAAUCUUGGAAUGGAUCUCAACCUCGACUGGAUGUCCCUUGAUGAUUUCCAGAAACAUCUAAAUGGAGAGGAUGAGCUCCUCUCAGGUCCACCAUUAUCGCCGAGUGAGUUGCGUGAUGCGGUGAAAAGUGGAGACUACAUGGCUGUAAAGCUGGCCCUGAAUUCGAGGACAGAAUAUAACCUUGAUCAAGAGGUGUGUACAUUUGGAGGGAGUUGCUUGGUCCCAUCUAACCUUGAUAAGGCUGCAGCUAAUGCCUCUGGUUCUGAGAAUGAAAAAGAUAUCGGCAAACUGAAGAACAUAUCGGUUCCUGCAAUUGAACCAACUCAGGAAAAUGCCUGCAGAGCUGCAACCGAUUCACAUGCUUCCGAAAUUCCAGAUUUUAAUAAUUUUGAAAAGCAAGAUGGACUGACGCAACCACAAGAAGGAGGAAGUGCUUGUUUUUCAAAUAACCCUAAUUCAAGCAGCGAAGGAAUGCAAAAGCCAAGUGAAGCUUUACCAGCAAUGGAUGCUUGCAAGCCUGACCAAAGCCCAUCGUCAGAGGGAAGCGACUCAAAUAAAGUUGCAGGAGAUGUGAUUCAAACUCAAUUAGAUGGCACGUCUAAGGCCGCCGCUGAAGGUCUUGCUAAACCAGAGCACAAAAAGAGAAUGACUGAAAGGAGGGAGCCUGUAAGAUCAAGUGAAAGAACUUGUAAAAAAGUACUACCUAGUGCAGAGAUCCUAAUGGAAGAAUGGCUGGAAGAAAAACCAACCCACGCUAAGCACUUUUGUAUUUAUUGCAGAUUGGCAGUCUCCCACAUUUCAAAACAUUUAGAAAAGAAGCAUGCAGAAGAAACUGAUGUUGCACACGCAAUACACUUCCCCAAAGGUUCCAAGGUCAGACAGACGCUGCUUGACCAAAUCUGUAAAAAAGGAGAUUAUGAAUAUGGUCACUUUCUCAAGAAGGGACGUUGGGACACGGUGUCCUCCAGACAAUCAUAUGUAGGAGCGUCUAAUCGUGACUUUCUUCCGUGCCAGCAUUGCUUUACAUUUCAUCGAAAUGCUGACUUGUGGAGUCACGAGCAAUCAUGCAAGUCCAGGACAGAAGCUGUGCCUCCGUCAGACAAAGCUUCCGGCUCUGGAUCCAGUUCCUUGUCAGAGUUCCUAACUGACAGCUGUAGAGAAAUUAUCCAUGUAAUGCACCAAGAUGAACUGUGUCAGCAUAUCAAAAAUGACCCUCUUAUUUGUAAAUUUGGCAGUGCACAGUCAGUUAAGUGUGAUCAUAACAAGUCCCAGUUUCCCCAUAUCGCCCAAACGAUGAGAGAUUUGGCUCGAUUCAUGCUUGCUGUUAAUCAUGUUGACCAAAGUGUGCAGUAUUUGCAUGAGAUCUGCUUGCAGUCUAAAUUUGAUUUGGCUGUUGAAGGAGCCAAAAGGGCCUGUGCAUUUGCUCCUUCUGAUGCACUUAAAACACCCCCCUUCAUCACAACACUGGGCCACUCAUUAAAAAGAGCUGCAGAAAUAGCGUUUGGAGAAAGUCGAAUGACAGAAGACAGUGAAACAGAGAAUGAAGUAAAAGGGUUCAUUCAGCUCCUUGAUACUAAAUGGGAUGAAUGUUUUGCUCCAAGUGUGGGGGCGUCUCCAUCAACUGACGAAGUGGAGAAGUUCAAUGAGGAUGAGUCAACUGUAACUGAGGACUUGAUGAAACUCCACAGAUUUAUCAGUGCUGAAGAGAACGGAGCGAGACUUGAGCUCAGGGAAAGACCAAGCACAUCGAUAUGGAAGAGAUUGAGCGAAGCCACUCUUGCAGAUGUCUGCCUCUUCAACAGAGGACGUGUGGGAAAUAUUGGCCGAAUGCUCCUGCAUACUUACGCUCACAAGAGGAAUACAGGAACAUGUCUGCUGACCGCAGAUCAAAUUCGGAAAAAUACUAAACUGGAGCUUGAGCUCUGUGGGGGUUUUACCCGUUUGGAAUUGGAAGGUCAGUAUGGACGAAACGUGACGGUGCUGCUGACCGAAAAGAUGGUGUUCUUAAUUGAUUUGCUCAUAAAUUAUCGAGAGGAUGCAAGUGUGUCCAAAAGCAACACCUAUCUAUUUGCACGAACUGAAGGGCCUUCCUUUAUCAGAGGAUUGGAUUGUAUCAGAAAGACUGCCGUGGAGUCUGGUGUGAAAAACCCUGAAGCACUUUUGUCUCCGUCUUUAAGGGAGCAAAUCGCCUGCUGCUGGCAGCUAUUGAGUCUCCGUGAGUCUGAAUUAGAUCAGAUAGGCAAACUGCUUGGAAGAAGUGGUGAAGACUUCUUUAGGCUGACCGAUAAUCCAUCACAGGUGGAGCAAGUGAGCAAAGAGCUGCUUCAAAUGGACCGCACUCUACCACAAUUUUCUGGCACUUUGAAAGAUGGUACUGUGCUUAAGACACCUGUUAAGAGAAGACCCUGGAGCGAAAGGGAACAGGCAGCAGUGAAGCGAUACUUGUGUGAUUUUAUCACCAAGAUGAAGGUUCCUGGAAAGAAGGAGUGUAAUGCCUGUAUUGCAGGAGAACCAGAUCUUGUUGGAAGAACCUGGACAGACGUAAAAAACUUUGUUCACAACACACUUCAGACGAUGCGCAGAAGGAAUAAGCAGGGCAAAAGUGAGGAAAGCGUCCGUAAUUUGCGUACCAAUGUCAAAGAUGAUCAAGUACAGACCAAAUGGAGUAUGGAAAAUAAAAAUGUUGGCACUGAAGAAGCCCUUCAGGAUAAUCCUUACAUGCCAAUAGGCUCGUCCUCGCAGUACUCGCAGGAGAUGUCUUUGGGUUUCACAGCAAUGUGCUCAACCAAUAUGGGCAUGAUCCAGUCUCACCCACCUCUGACUGCCUCUUUUACACCCUUAAAUGUGACUGAUACGCAAGUUGUUCCCACGUACUCCCCACUCAACACCACAAAUGCAGUUAUGUCACUACCUUGUUCAUUGGAAAGCAAUAAUCUGCCAAUGACUGCAUCCCAUACCCUGAACGCCACAAACAUACACCCUCCGCCGAGUACUGAGAACUCUGUGUUUUCCAGUUACAACCCCUCAAACAUUCCUAACACCACAAUGGUUCCGGCAUAUGAGCCUUUGAGUUCCCAGACCUCUACUUUUUCUUCCCGGCCCAAUCAUCAUUCUGUCGUUCAUUGCUCAUUGACGCCUCUUCACCCUCCGAGAACAGACACUGUUCCUUCAACACAGCACAGUACAUCAGCAGCACAGGUAGUCCCAAUUGUACCUGGAUCAAGUGGCUCGGAUAUAUUGCCACCGACCCCAGAAAAUUCAUGUGCGUUCACCCCCCAAAAGGUUGCUCCGGUUUUGAAGCCUCAGAAGAGACACAAACGAUUGUGGAGCAUGGACGAACAGGUAGCCGUGAGGCGGCAGUUUGGAGACUUCUGCAAAUUGGCCAAAAUUCCUGGCAAAAAAGAGUGUGAUGCCUGUUUAGCAGCUGAACCUGCUUUGAGUAGCAGAACCUGGAGGGAAGUCAAAUAUUUUGUCCAUAAUUCAAUUCAGUCAAUGAGGAGAAGAGGUGUUGCUGUCGCCUCGAUUCAAGUGGAGAGUCAAAGUCCACAAACAGUUUGUCCCACUAUAGUGGCGACAGAUUGCGACGGGCCUGUUUACCUGUCCCUUUGAAUGGCAUAUUUAACAACCCUAAAGUACCCUUCCAGAACACUUUCUGAUACAAUUGACAGUUCUAGUGAGUUUGUGAAAGGCAUGCUGUCCAAAGUGCUGUAGCUAAAUCUUGGUUUUAUCUAUUUGGAAUUUGUAUUUUCCAAUUUUGAUUGCUAAAAAUACAUUGAAUCUUAACGUCACUUGGUGUAUUUUAUUUUAUUCAUUUCUUAAAUCAGUUAACUGUCUCACAUUGUGACAUUGGACCUUUAUUUUUGUCAUUUUUAUCAGUUUCGGAGGCAAGGAGUUUCGAUUAAUCCUGGCUUAAACUGGCUUAGAGUUUUUCUGUCUGGCCUUGUCACUUAACAGACAGUCUGUUGUCCUUCUUGUCACUGUGCAGUACAUGCACCUGUUACACUUUGCUUCCACACAAAAAAGUACUGCGUUGUUUUUGAAAAAUGUGUGGCCUUAGUAGUAUUGCAUGACAAACUUGUACUUGUAGGUGCGUCUGUGCCUCACCUUUGUUUCAGAAUCAAACAGAGGUGUUUACUGGUCCUGAUGUCACUGUGACUGUGGGUUAAUGGCUGUUUUAUUUAAUCCAGAUUAGCAUCCUGCCCUCAGUUCACUGCAGAUGUUAUGACCGAAAUGGUGUGGUUGUACUCAUAACAGCAAAUAAUUUCCUAUUCUCCUGUUUGAUAGAUGUUUCAAUAGAUGCCUGGACCAAGUGUGUCUUUCUGUAAUGUACUUUGUUCUUGUGCUCAACAGCCUUGAGUGUCUGCUGCAGUUGUUGCAGACAUCUGUAUUUGUUUUUUUCUGUUCAAUAGUUGAUGGUGAGUUGAAUCAUAUUUUUAUAUACAUGCACAGCACCGUUGUGUAAAUAUGUGACUAGACUUAUUCAGAUAUUGACUGAAGCAUUGCCAUGUCCGUGAAGUGGAUGUUUGUCCGAGCUGACCCAGUCAGGGACGCCUUAAUUCAGUCGCAUAGAUCUAGUUUCAACGGCAGGUGGCUCUAAUAAAUAGUAAAAAAGGUCAGUGCAAUGCUUAUAACUAUUACACCUUGUUUGAUGUGGCAAACUUAGUAUUAAGAUGAUUGUGUCAGUCUGUAACUGAAACACUGUUAUAAUUCAGUCGAAUUUCAUUUAUGUUGUAAUGGAACUGCUGCUACGUAUUCAGUUUGGAUGCUUUCUGACUUUAUCGCCUAAACUGCCUGCAUAAAGGAUCUUCACAACUUUCUACAACUGUAUCAACCUAAUAACCUGGUCUUGUACAAUAAAAAAAAAAUCCACUGUUGUGUGUUGUGAAGACUUAAAGGUCUGUUAUUCCACUGUUGUGUUUAAUGUGUUUGAAGAAGCUUCACAUGUAAUGCCUGUAAAUGCUUUCAGUCAUAGUCUAUGCAGCAAGUUUGGCUGUUGCUUUCAUGUUUUUCCAGUGAAACUGGUUAAAUCAAAUGUGACCUGCUUAGUGAUUUGGUGAAAUGCACUUUGUU